CUGACAUUAAAAAACAAAACGGAAUUCCUGUUUACAUCUUCAAAAUUUCAAAUAUUCCUCGUAAACAAUUAGUGUUUAUAAUAAAUCUAUUAAAAAUAAAACGCAAAAUUUUUUUUAGUUAGGUACAUUAUUUUUUUCCAAUAAGACUGUGAAAAACAUUGCUUACAUGACAAGCAUACGAAGGUAUAUCGAAAACAAAACAAAUGUCGGGUUCCCCAAAACAAGAAGAUGUAAUUAUGGUGCCGGUAAAAGCAGAAAAUGUAUGCGAUAUGGGUGAAUACCAGUCGAUUUAUGAAAAGUUGAAGAAGCUUCAUGAGAUAGCUAAAACAAAUGAACCCUCUACUUCUAGUACAAAUAGUAAGGCUAAUAAAUUGGCUCCAAAGCGCAAAACAGAUUUUGAUGUUUUAAGCGACGAUAGUGCGUUGAAUGUAACAAAUAAAACAAAGCGUCGGCGAUUUUCGGACAGUCAAGAUUAUAGCGAGAUUGGUGAAUUAGAUUUAGGGGAUUAUUGCUCAAAGAAUAACAACAAAAUGUAUGUAAUAUCGAUAUCCAAUUUACCCGGCGAAUGGACGUAUGACAAAAUUAAACAAUAUGUUACUGAUGAGUGCGGUGUAAAUGUGGUAAAAAUGACUGAUUCAAGAACAGACAGGUCAGAUUAUCAGUUGCGAUUAAGGUUCACCAGUGAAGACCAAUAUAAAAAUGUUCUCAGUAAAUUAAAAUCAAAGGAAGUUGAGGGAAGACUCAAAGUGGAAGUUGAGGAGACUGAUAGUGACAGCGACUCUUCAGAAACAACUUUUAUUAUUGGAAAGAGCGAUAUAAAAACGGAGGAUAAACCAUGGAAACUAGAUGAAAGCGAGUGGGAGCCAGAAGGUCUCUAUGGGCUGAAGCCAGAGUUUCUGCAGAGUUUAAAUAUAAAACCACCACUCACUAAAUGGAUUCAUGUGACGAAUUUUAGAUGUGACAAAACAGAAUUGAGAGAUGUGUUCGAAAUGGCUGGUCGGGUGAUAAGCUGUGUAGUGGUGAAUACUAUAAAUAAAUACGCCAAGAUUAUGUUCAGCCAUCCUCUUGAAGCAGUUCAGGCAAUUUCAAUGUUAAACGACCAAAUUUUUUAUGGCCAAAGUUUGAAAGUGUCAUUAGAUCCGUACGCGGAGAUCGCUCUGCCGCUGCCCAAGGGCCUGUUAAACUAUGGCCUUGGUUUCGGAGAAUCGGGAAAACCCCUACGCGAUAUUGUUUCGGAAUACGAACGAUUUGUCAUGGGACAACCUUCAAAUAUUAACCCCUCCCUAUUUAGCCAGGAACGGAAAGACUCCCCGGAACCUUAUGUUCCCGUUAAACUUAGCGAUAGCUCUGAAAAUCUGGGUCAAUUUGGUCCGAUUGGACAAAGGAAAGCAACGAGUACAGAUGACAGUAGAGCGAAUAAUUCGAAACAAGCAACUUAUCCGUUCGUGAAUAGUACAAUGCCUGGAAGUAGUAUUACAUAUGUGCCAAGACCUAUAAAUGGGCCAAUGCCUGGCGCAAAUAUUCGACCAGUAUUGCCAGCUCAGAAUAUGGCGAUACGAUUACCUGCACCAAACGUGCCAGUUCCAACGGGUUGCAAUCCUGGUACUAAUAUACAAGCUCCACAUUUCCACGGUCAAAGUUACGCAGUUCCAUUUGGUCAUAACCAAGGGAUACCUAUGCAAGGUCAUAAUAUACCGAUAUAUGCUCCUGGACCUAAUAUCGUCGGUUCAAAUUUUCAAGGUCCUCCUCGACCAAUUGGUCCCAACUUUCCUAAUGCACAAGGAGGUUCCAAUUUCCAAAAUUCUGGACAAUUUCCUAAUCGAUUGCCUCUAAAUAACGGUCAAGGGCAGACAACUAAUGUGAAUGGCCAGAGAAUGCUUCAACCGGGACAAAAUCCAUCUAUGGUGCCACGACCUGUUGCUCCAAAUUCUUCAGGGGUCAGAGAUCCCAGAAUACCAGAAAAAGGCAUAUUGGUGCUUAAAACAAAUGAUUCUACGACCUUACAGAUUACGAAUCUACCACCAACAGUAACGUAUGCCAGUCUUUGUGGUAAGUUGUCAAAAGUGGGACAAGUUGUAUCUUUAGAGUUCACAAAACCUGGAUUCGCAAUGGUCAAGUUUGGCAACCCUUCGGAAGCUGAGAGAUGUUUCCAUUAUUUCAGCCCAGCGCGGUUUGGCAACGAACUUGGAAGAUGAGUGAUUAACUAUCUGUUUCUAGGACAUUCUAGAGUGAACCAUUUUUGGUAUUGGAAUUUGUAUGGUUUCUCUUAUGGCCGGUUCACAUUUGCUUAGCACUAAGUGCUUAGUGCUUGUCACACCACUAAGCCCUAUGACAAGUGAGAAGUAACUGUUUACACGUAGAAGCUAGUAGAAUGUAUUAGGGACUAGCCAUUCGAAAUUAUUUUUGUAUACGCUGACAAAUGUAUUAAGAAAGUAUCUUUUUGAAUAAAAUUUUACAAAUUGUACAAUAGGUAAUCUUCUUCGAAAACCACGCAGCACGCUAUUCAUGUGUGAAAAUAGAAUGAAAAUCGAUGCAUAGUUUUUGAGUUAAUUACGAACAGACAGACAGACGCGUCGGACGAUUUUGUGUUAUAAUACGUAUUAGUUUAUCAGCGUGAAACUGAUGCAAAGAUAUCCCAGACUUAUUAUAUCCUUAAAAUUUCAUCACAAACAGAUGGAUUGUUUUUCAAAGUCGAACAAAGUACGCAUUUAAUUCGAAGUUAUUGCCUAGUUACUAGUAUGUUAUGUAUUAUAUUAGGAUUAUAAUUAUGUUAUGUUUUGAUAUUUUUAAACAAUUGCUUUGGUUUUAGUUUUCAAGACAGUUUUGUAAAUAUAUUUUUUUAUAUCUACUAUUUUUAGUGUAAUUUUAUGAUUUCUAAGAGCUUAGUAAUAGAUUAAUUUUAAUUUAAUUUUUACUCUUAGCAUAGAUUAAUUAUUUAAGUUUCAACAAGAAUUUUACAAUAAGUCGGUAAGUAUAUGUAUGUUAAAAAAUUUAAUUUAGUUAAAAAUUAAGAAUUGGUAAGUUUUACACUAGUUUUACUUUUAUAAUAGGAUAAUUAUUAUCAUAAAUUAAUAAGCUAUGUAAUAUCAUUCUAAAUUGUAUGGGGAAAUUUAGCACACCUACUUCAUAAGAUUUUUAGUAAAUAAGUAAUUUAACGUUAAGUAAGUUGAAAUAAAUAAAGACUCUUUUGGAAA